GUUUUGUGCUCGCUCGGAAGCGACUCGUGUUGCUCUGCAGAUUGCAUACUUAUUCAGUGUUUUUCCCUUUGGAUUGUGGUUGGAGAGGAUCUUCGCGAGGACUUGACCCUGGAACGGCCGCCGCCUCGGGCCGAGAGCAGAUCGAGAGAAAAUCUGACAGAGACGGAACCGCCUUUUAUGAUGCGACACCAGCGAAAAUGCGGGCCACGUCGCAGACCACGUGCUUCGGAGGGACUCUCGUUGGUUGGCGGGUGCCAAAAGUGGGGCCCCGGAGGCCACUGGAGCGGCCGUUAGCUCAGCACCACCAUGUAGCGUCCGUCAGAAUCGACCUCUGACAAAGCAUUUUGAAUUCAAAACGAAUCGAACAUUUUUUUUUUUUAAAUAGUUAAAAUUCGGAAAUCGUCUGGCUGCGACCUCGGCACAGAACUUGAACUUUUGGCAGCGACCUGGUGCGAUCGGGCGGGCCUCGGACUGAGACGCGGUGGGGUUUCUCGGAUUCGGCGCCCGGGGCGAGGGGGGUAGCCCAUCGAGCGGCAGGAUUUUCCGCCAGCGCCGCGACGUGUGCACGUGUCGGCCGUCGUCCGUGUCCAGCGCCCUCUUCAGCAGCGGCAACAUGGCCCGCAGGAUGGCCUUCCACCUGCCGGGCAGCAAGGGCCAGUCGUCCAAGGGCGGCAUCAGCGGCUCGGCCUGCUACUACCCGCCCACCUACUUCCAGCACCACACCGCCUCCUCCUCCUCCUCGUCCGCGCAGAACCCCUCGUCCAGUCACGGCCUCCUGCUGCGCGCCACCCCCGACUCGGACGACCUGCUGCUCGAGGAGAUCUCGGUCGUGUCGGCCAACGCUGACCCCGGACACGUGACUUACGGCAGCGGCAGCUUGGCGGCCAAUGGACCCAGAGUUGUUCCAGGAAUCAUCACAAACUCGGGCAGGGGCGGACUGAACGAGCGACUGAGUUCUUCGGGCACGCGGCUGGACUCGAGUUCGAGCCCCGUGCGCCACUACAACAGCCGAAACGUGGACACAGUGUCUUCGCGAGUGGCCGGGGCGGCGCCGUCGGUGGCGGUGCCGGCGGCGGCCAGACAAUCGCCCAUCGACUUGGUGACGUGUCGCGCGUUGAGCGGCGACAAACGCUACUCGCGCGACUCGGUGUCCGGGGGCUACGCGAACCGCUCCAACGCCGCCUCCUCCGAGCUCGACAUCAGCCGCAAGACCCGCGAGGCGCGGCGCCGGGACAUCCGGUCGCGGCUGCGGCUGGACAAGUGGGAGCCGCCCCACGCCCCCGCCGCCCCCCAACACCUGCCCCACUCGCAGACGCACGCGCCCCCCGCGCAAAUCAGCCACCGAGGCAGCGGCGCUGGCAGACCGGGCGCCCCCAACGGCUGCGGGGGCAGCGGGGGCGGCUCCAGCAGCGGCCACAUCAAGGGCAUAGGUUGCCGCUGGUCGUUCGUCUUCGACCCCGCAGGCAGGCUGUGCUACUAUUGGUCCAUGGUCGUCUCACUCGCCUUCCUCUACAAUUUUUGGGUGCUCAUCUACAGGUUUGCGUUCCAAGAGAUAACCCGGGACUCGCUGUUGUACUGGUUCUGCCUGGACUAUUUUUCGGACUUUCUGUACCUGCUGGACAUCGCGGUGCACUUCCGCACGGGUUAUCUCGAGGACGGUGUGCUGCAGACGGACUCGACCAAGCUGCGGCACCACUACAUGAACUCGACCACGUUCUACAUCGACUGCCUGUGUCUGCUGCCGCUGGACUUUCUCUACCUGUCCAUCGGCUUCAACUCCAUCCUCAGGUCGUUCCGUCUGGUCAAGAUCUACCGCUUCUGGGCGUUCAUGGACCGCACCGAGCGGCACACCAACUACCCCAACCUGUUUCGUGCCACUAGUUUGAUACAUUACUUGUUAGUGAUAUUCCAUUGGAACGGGUGUUUGUACCACAUAAUUUGUAAGAACAACGGCUUCGGCAGCAAGAACUGGGUGUUUGGUGAUUCCGAAAGUGCUGACGUGGUCAAACAGUACCUGCAGAGCUACUAUUGGUGCACGCUCGCGUUGACCACGAUCGGGGACCUGCCCCGGCCGCGCAGCAAGUCCGAGUACCUGUUCGUCAUCUCGCAGCUGCUCUUCGGACUGCUGCUCUUCGCCAGCGUGCUCGGACACGUGGCCAACAUUGUGACCAACGUCAGCGCCGCCAGGAAGGAGUUUCAGGCCAAGUUGGACGGCGUGAAAACCUACAUGCGGAUGCGUCGGGUGCCCAACCAUCUGCAGGUGAAGGUCAUCAAGUGGUUCGACUACCUCUGGCUUACCCAAAAGUGCUCAGAUGAAGAAAAGGCCGUCAGUUGUCUUCCAGAUAAGCUGAAGGCUGAAAUCGCCAUCAACGUACACCUAGAUACCUUGAAGCGAGUAGAAAUCUUCCAGAACACAGAAGCUGGCUUCCUGUGUGAACUUGUUCUGCGAUUACGCCCAGUGCUCUUUUCUCCGGGAGAUUUCAUCUGCAGAAAAGGGGAAGUGGGCAAGGAGAUGUACAUAGUGAACAGAGGCCGGUUGCAAGUGGUGGCUGACAACGGUAGAACGGUGCUGGCCACCCUCAAAGCAGGUUCCUACUUUGGCGAAAUCAGCAUUCUCAACAUGGGAACAGCGGGUAAUCGAAGAACUGCUAGUGUUAAGUCUGUGGGCUAUAGCGACCUGUUCGUGCUCUCCAAGAAGGACAUGUGGGAUGUCUUGAAGGAGUAUCCAGCGGCGAGAGUGAGACUCGAGGCAAUCGCCGUCAAGCGCCUCGAGAAAUACAAAAAGGCGCCCCUCGAAAGAGCUGCCAUGGGCAGGAGCCAGUCAACGCCCGGUCUGGUCGAGUCCAAGGGCCGUAUUCCGCUGGAGGAGAUGUGGGUGUCGCCGUUAGCUCCGUCAGGUGCCUCAAGCCUUGGUCCACCGCCUUAUUCGGCCAAUUCGUUGUUUAGCCCUUCACAUAGUCCCAGUAAUAGAUCUCGCAGUGGCAUAUCGCACAAAGCGUUGACUUCCUCGCCAGCACUGUCGUCUUCGGGCCACUCUUCGGACGACGAGCGACGGUGCGCCGACGUGACGGCUCCGUCGAGUUUGAAGCCAUCAGCUGCAGGGAAGCAGCCUGAUUUGGAGUCGGGUCUGGCGAGUCUGUCGGUGUACGACGACGCGGAGGCGGGCCUGGUGGGCCUGGCGAGCGGAGGCGCCGCGUCGAGCAUCGUUUCGGACGCGCUGCUGAAAGAGGAGAUCAAGCGUUUGCGCGAGCGGCUGAUGGUGCUGGAGACGGAGAACGCGACCAUGAGCGUCAAACUGAGCCAGCAGCAGUGGGAAGUGGAGCACCGGCUGGCCGAGAUCGAAAUGCAAAUUUGCGGCGGCUCGAGUGCCGAGUCGAGCGCCGAAGACAACGAGCGCAACCGCGAGUCCUUCAUCUAAGCAAACUUUUACAAGCACUCUCCGAAAACCAAACAACAAACAAACACACAGCUCAAAGAAUAGUAAUUCUUGUUCGUUCAAGAUUUGUUCCGGUAUGAAAAAUACAUUGAUCUCCGACGCGGUGAUCGAUAUUUCCAGAUUUCACACUGGGUUUGCCAACAUAUUAUGUCACACACGUAGCAAUUGAAAUGUGCAGAUGAAUUUGUUAGUUUAUAAAUAUAUUCAGCGGAUUUUGGAUUUUGAUCAAAAAAGCGUAGUUUGUAAUAAUCUGGAGAGUGAGGGGCUGAUUGGUCCAAAUUAAUUUAAUUGACGGACAUAAUUUUCUUCAUUCACAUUGGGUGGGUCCAAAUAACAGAGAAAAGAUUCUCGCGCGAGGAUUCUCAAGGAACGAUUCUUUAGUGGAAUUUCAAAGGCAGAAACGUUCAUUGAGAAUCCUUGUGCGAGAAUCCUUUCUUGAGAAAUCGAGAAUCUUUUUGCUGAUAUUCGGACCCAACCAUUACAUUUUCAAGAAUAUUAAUUUUUAAGCUCGAAACAAGCCAAAGAAUAUAAGUUGAAAUUUUAAAUCAUUUCCUCCCUUUAAAAAUAAUUCAAAAAAUAUUUUCCUCAACAUUUUCCUUGGACCUGUCAGCCCAUUUCGCCUCCCACUAAUCAAAAGCAUCAAACUUAACCAAGCACAAACUUGUUUUGCAUUUUGGUGUCGUUUUUGCAGAAAGAAGUGCGAGCAGUUGUAAAGAUAAGACACAAUGAUUAAAUAAAUGAAGUCGCGGACACACUAAAUCAACGGGGAUCAAUUAAAUGCUUUGGGAAAUAUGCUGUUAAAGAUGAUUAUAAUGAUAAUACAAGAGUUAAAUAAUGAGCAGAGUCAUUUUUUCUAACUAAUUAAAUGUGAUCAAAGAUCAUCUCUCACUACACUUUACCGACGGCCUGACACUGAUGGCGAAUCUAAAAUCAGCGGCCGGCGGCCGGGCCGAGACGGGGUAUGGACGCGCGCAGCCAACGAAACCAACUCGAAAUCCGCAAUAAUUUUUUCGCCCAAAAAGAAGAACAAAAAACGUGUGCGAAACCCUCGACGAGAGAGCCGCCGGCGCCAAGAGCGAGUUACCUGUUUCUACAUUAAUAAUUUACUACUUAAUAAAAAUAAAAACGAAAAACUGCGUAAAAACCGACUAAAACAAAAGAGCAAAAAGUGACAAUUUGUAAAUAGUGCGCGCGCCACACGGGAUACAAUUAACUAUUAAUUACUACUAAUUAUAUACAUUGUAAAACUAUGACGCAAAAUGUGAUCUUUCCUCAAACAACUAGAUUUUUAAUACAUUAAAUAAAUUAAAAAUUAUAUUACGAUUUAAAAAAGAAGCGCGUGGAUUAAUAGGACAUGAGUAAGAAUGCGACCGCGGUGAACGAGAAUUGUUGAUUUGAGAAGUUUAAUUGAAACAACUCCCAUUAUUGCAUCUGCCUUAAACUGAGAGAGAGAGUCAAGGAGCAUUUUAACGAGGAGAGUCGGCCUAUCAAUUUGAAGAGACGAAUCAACUCAUCCAGCCCAAUAACCAGAUGAAAAUUGUAUAAGUUUUUUCCAAAAAAAGAAAGAGGCCGCAAGCAAAUCGCAAAAAUACGUGAAGAAUUAAAGCAGAUUUACGCUUUGUGACUGACAAACAAACAUUUUGUUGGUUUAGUGGUACGAGAGAGCAAGGACGAAAAUUAGCAGCAGCACACAGACAGUGUCGUUUUUGGAUUUCAAAAAUCCGCCACCAUUUCAUGACGCCCGAUUGAUUAAAAAAAUAAAAGUGUAUAAUAUUCAGACUUUUCCAUAAAGGGCAUUUUGUACCAGGUCGAAAAAUAGAGGACAAAACAAACACUUUUGUUUCCUUUUUUCACGCACACACAAUUGCCAAUAAUGCAAUCCAUCGUCAGCUCUUCUUACAAUGUGGUAUAAAAUUUUAAUCCAUUCAUAAAUCUAUGUAAGACUGUAAAAAAUUAAAAAAAUUUUGAACUCAAAAUUAGUCGAUCCCGGUGGGCUGUAUAUUGAAUUUGUUUCAACUGAUUUAAAACUUCGGAACUCUAACACUUGGAAAAAAUUGGAAAUUCGGGGAGGGCACAGGAAGUGAAAAGGAACCUGUGGAAAUGAACGUUUUGAAAGUGGAUAAAAUUUUUGAUUUUCUUCAACUGCAGCCCAGUUAAAUUGGUGUCUUAUCUGUUAAAGCUGUAGCGUGUUGCCACAAAAUUCAUGUCCAGAGCUGAUGACUCACUGGUUACGAUUAUCACACUUCUCUUUCUUAUUACAAAAGGCUUAAAAUAUUAAUUUCUAGAGAUUAGAAUUAGAUUAUCAAAAGUAACUAAAAAAAAUUCACUAGACAGAACUGUAGGCAGCUGCAAACGCAAGAGCUGUGUUUUCGUUUAGACUCUUUGCACGUUGGAGAAUAAAAGAUCAUAUUGUUGCUUCAGUUUCGCUCUCACUUAAUUAUUUUGAUUUGAACUAUUUCAAAUUCUACCAGAGAUGCAUAAUAUAUUGGUUGUGUUACAAAGAUGAAAGCUUGUUACUUUUCAGCGCUCAUUGCAUGGCACUAAAUCUGGCUAUUUUACUGAUCAUUGUAAAUAAUAAAAUGCUCCAAACACUUGUUGUGUACAUGAAAAGAGAGAGUAUUAUGUAAUAAAUGAGGAAUUAUAUAAAGAAUUUUAUUGUAUGGUUACACAAGUUCUUGUGUUUUAUUUCCGUUUGCAUUUUGUCAACUAACGUA